AUGUCAGACGACGAGGAGAGUCGAGUGAUUCAAGUGCGUCCCACCUACGCGAAAAAGAGAAAAGAGAAGAAGGAUGUCGUUUUCUACACGAAUUUCGAGGAAGUACUUCAGAAGGUCAAUGCAUUCGGACCAUACCAAAUAUUCUGUUUCAUUGUGAUUCUAUAUGCUUCGAUUGAGUGGGCAGGAAACUCUACAUUUAUGCAUGUUCUGGGAUCAUUUGAACCGGAUUGGAACUGCACUCUUGCCAAUAAUAACACAGUGAAAAUCACUGCUCCAACAAAUGAUUCUUCAUGCGCCUAUAUCAAGAAAAACUGCAAAAGUUUGUCCCCGAUUAAACAAAACCUGGAGUUCUUCUCGAUAGUCGGACAGUUUCAAUUGAUUUGUGACGAUGAGGAUAAGGUGGAAUAUAUUGAAGUUAUUAUGGCUGGAUCGUCGCUAAUCGGCAGUAUUAUCGGUGGACACAUGGGAGAUCACUUCGGGCGUCAAACCAUCUUUUUCACUGGAGAACUUCUCAUUAUCAUCACUUCUAUGAUGUGUACAGCAGCUCAAUCAUGGAUUGCAUUUGCUGCAAUUCAAGGUGUCAACUGUUUUAUAUACGGAGUCAUUGAAACAACUUCCCUCACAAUGAUGGUCGAAUUCACUUCCAACAAAUAUCGAGUCAUUAUGGUGAACGCAUUCCAAUGGCCGAUCGCUUAUAUGACAUCUGCUUUGAUUGCAUUUUUGACAAAAGGAUGGCAAGUCUAUUUCGUGUUCCUCAAUUUGGUUUCUUCUCCAUUGGCUAUUGGAUUCAUGUUGUUCUUAGAGUCACCAAGAUGGUUAAUCGCUAGAAAUGAACUCAGUCAGGCUUGUGAUGUUUUGAAUGAUAUUGCUCAUCAGAGAUGGAAUAAUACAAAAGCGAGAUUCACAACGAAGGAUAUUUCAGCUAUUCACAAAACAGAAAAACAAGGAUUCUAUUGGUUCUAUCAUUUGUUCAGCACCAAGCGUCUCGCUAAGCAGUCUUGUCUCCAAAUCAUCUCAGUUCUCACUUACGCAAUGGUCUCCAAUACUUAUCUUUUCACAGUCACUGGACUUCACGACUCUGCCAUCAUGUUCACAUUUUUGGAUGGAGUUUUCCGACUUUUUGUCCCAAUUGUCAUUGUGAUUUUUGAUUUGAUGGUUCCAAGUUUCGGUCGCAAAAUCCAAUUCCUCGGAUCUCUUGUCAUCGAGGGAAUUCUAUUCGGAGUUAUUAUUGCAUUGGUAGCCACUGGAACAUGUACUUAUGAUUCCAAGCCAGUCACGAUUCUUGUGAUUAUUGCAACGAUGAUUAAUGAUUGUAUUUUCUGGAUCAAUAUUGUGCAAAUUACAACCCAAAGAUAUCCAACUGUCAUCAGAUGUAUCGCUUUUGGAUUCUUGCAUUCUUUCAGACAUAUUGGAGCAAUCAUCGGAUUCAUCAUUUUGAAACCACUUCUUACUUCAAAUUGGUCUACCGGAGCAUUUGUUAUUCCUGAAGCCAUGAUUAUUUUGACUAUAAUCGUUGGUUUCUUCUUCCAACCAGAAACUAAAGGAAAGGCAUUAAUGGAUCAAAUGGUUGAGGCCAACUAUGGUAGAAUGGAGAAUGAAUUGCCGAGAGCGUUGAUGAGGCUAGCUGCUGGUCACCGUGUAGAUCAGAGUGAAAUGAGACAAAUCCACAGAAAAGCGAUGGAAUCAGCGAAGGCGGCUGAACUAAUGGGACAAAAAGUGGAAAGUCCUUGGGUUUUCAAAGAGAAAGAAGGAGAAAAAGAGGAUAAAAAGGAGGAUUAA